ACUCUCAGUUCCCCCAGUUCUUUCUACGACAAUUGACAUGUCAGUUGAAAUGACUAGUGCACUGAGGAAAAAAUCAACCCAACUGCCCACUAAGAAAGUCAGAUUAGUGGAAAGGGAGUGGGCGGGGGAUGUUGUUCAAGGGCUUAGCGUGACUAUGGUCACUCAGACUGAGUGCAAUAACAAUAACAGCGCGGGAACCGAAUCUGGAAGUGAACAGGGGCAGGUUGUCAAUCCGAGCCAACUUUCAGAAGAAGAACUGGCGCUUCUAGCCAAGCUUGAGGAGGCUAAUCGGCUGAUUGAAGCCGACUCCAAGAGUCUCAAUUCCAUCUCGAACAACAGCGGCCAUUCACGCAAGAGCUCAGACACCUCGCAGAUCUCUCUCAAUUCAGGUACAAGUUGCACUCAGGAGCGAGAAAGAUCUGAAGAUGGUGAAGAAGACUCUUGGAUUUUGUGGGCUCAAAUUGCAAACGACUGGGAAGCACACAAAAAGAAAAAUUUGGCUCAAAUCAAGCAAUUGGUUCGAAAAGGAAUUCCACACCACUUCAGAGGAAUUGUCUGGCAGCUGCUGUGUGAUGCACACAACUCUCCAGAAAAGGAACAGUACGCCGAAUAUAUUAAGGGUACAUCAGCAUGUGAAAAGGUAAUUCGAAGAGAUAUAGCCCGGACCUACCCUGAACAUGAUAUGUUCAAAGAAAAAGAUGGAGUAGGCCAAGAAUCGCUUUUCAACGUCAUGAAGGCCUAUUCUCUGCAUGAUCGAGAAGUUGGCUAUUGUCAAGGUUCUGGAUUCAUUGUUGGACUUCUUCUCAUGCUGCAGAUGCCAGAAGAAGAGGCAUUCGCUGUGUUUGUCAAACUCAUGAAGGACUACAGAAUGAGGGAUAUGUUUAAACCGACAAUGGCAGAACUUGGUUUAUGCAUGUACCAGUUGGAGAACUUAGUUCAGGAACUGAUACCAGAGCUUCACAAUCAUUUUAAUUCUCAAGGAUUUCAUACAUCUAUGUAUGCUAGCUCGUGGUUUCUCACACUAUUCACCACUGCCUUGGCAAUUCCUACAGCUUGUCGUAUAAUCGAUGUGUUUCUAUCUGAAGGAAUGGAAACCUUAUUCAAAGUAGCGCUUGCGUUAUUGACAAUGGGUAAAGACGAUUUGCUCUCUUUAGAUAUGGAAGGAAUGUUGAAGUUCUUUCAGAAAGAAUUACCCAUAAGAGCAGAUGCAGAUCCAGAAGCUUUAAUGAAUUUAGCUUAUAAUGUAAAGUUUAAUACCAAGAAAAUGCAAAAGUUGAAAAAAGAAUAUACAGUCAUGAAAACCAAAGAACAAGAAGAUAUGGUCGAAUUAAGGAGAUUAAGGCAGGAAAAUAGAUUGCUGCGUCAGAGGGUAGAACUUUUAGAGGCUGAGUCAUCUGAACUUGCUCACAGGCUGGUCCGAGGACAAGUGUCAAGGGCUGAAGAGGAAGAGACUAUUUUUACUGUACAACGAGAACUCCAGGCGUUGCGGAUGACUCAUCUGCAGACAACUCACCAACUGGAAAUAGCUCAGGAGGAAAUCAAAGAUCUUUUAAUGGUUAUUGAACAAAACCAUAAUUCAUGCCAGAGUUCGUUAGAUGAAAUAACAGCUAAGAAAGAACAGUUGUCUCAAAAAGAGGAAAUGGUCUCCUGCCUUCAAGAGGAACUUUUUAAAGUUCGACUCAGGGAGGCCGAAAAAGAUGCUGUUAUAAGAGAUCUCCAUUCUAAAAUUCAGGAUUUAGAGCAAGAUAAGAAAACUUUGAGAGAAAGUACAGUGGACAACUCAGUUGCUCACCUCCAGGAGGAGCUUAUCGCUGUUAAACUUAGGGAAGCGGAGGCAAAUUUAAGCUUAAAAGAUUUACGUCAACGUGUGACGGAGUUAAGUUCUCAGUGGCAGAGACAUCUACAAGAGCACAGGGCAGAACCACCGACAGCACCUGAUUCUACACCAAAGAAACUAGGCCUAUUUUGGGAAUCCCGGAGUGGUGAUGUUCAAAGGCUUGAAGAAGAACUUAUGAGUACAAGACUAAAAGAAAUGGAAGCUGUCAUGGAGUUGAAAGAAGUGAGACUAAAGGUCAUGGAGCUUGAAACACAAAUACAAGUCAGUAGCAAUCAACUUAAACGCCAAGAUGAAGAUAAUAAAAGACUUGCUGAAGCUUUAGAAACAACAGAGACUAAGCUUAAAGAGCAGACUUCUAAAUGUAGAGACCACAUCCAUAAAUACACUGAUCUUGAAUCAAAGAUGAAAGAUGAAUUGAUGAUGGCUAGAAUACGAGAUGCCGAAUGUUCUCAACUUGUUGCCGAAUUAACACAAAAAAUUUCCCGAUUGGAAUUAAAAAAUUCUGAACUAGUGACUGAAGGUGAAUUGAGGAGUCACAUUGGGGAUUCAGACAAAGUGAGGCAACUUCAAGAAAUGUUAGUCGAAAUGAACAAAGGAGAUGUCAUGAGCGAUUCCUGGUCUAACAAAGGCAUGAAUCGAUCUGGGUCUGUCGAUACCGAGAGUGAACACGAAGAAACAGCAGAUCUUUACAUCAAGCUUGAAAUGUAAUGAAAGAAUUAUUGUUUUAAAUUGAAUUUAAAUUAAGAAAGAAUCGUCACACCCAGUAAUACAAGGGCGGGAGAUGGAGCUACUGAUUUUUUGGCGAAACGAUAUCCCAUUUUGAUGUUUAAUACUUUUAAAACAAAUAUUCCUUGUAUAAAACUGUGCAAGGAUUUGUUUAAAAAAAAAGUCUUAUCUUCAUUUAAAUGAAUUAAUAGUUAAAACUAAAUAUGAAAAGUAGCGGUUUGCUCAGCUCUUAGAAAAAGUGAAAGUUACAGUGAAAGCACAAAUAUUUAAUGAUAUUAUUUAUCUUUGUUAAUUAUUAACAGAGAUAUAAAUGAACAAGUUGUGGUAAAAAUUUUAUUUUCCAUCUACUUUAGAAGAAAAUGACAAAAAUUAACCAUAAAUAAGUUUAGGUUUAUUUAUUGUAAGUGUAUCUUUAUAACCAGUUAAGGAAAUUAACAUGGUUCUCAACACUUAUAAACAUUUUCAUAGCAUAUAAACAAGCCUACUUUUGAUAAAUCUUUUAAAUUUAAUUAAAUUGUAUUAGAGAUUUUAUAUAACUUGUAAAAAGGAAUUUUUUUACAAUAUCGGAUUGAGGACCAUUUGUGAACAAAUAAGUAUGGCGUACUUCAUCGUAAAUGAUAUAAUCAAACUCAAAAUAUUUGAAAUAGAAUCCCCUUGAAAGAUUUCACGGGAGAAAAAUUAUUAGUUGAAAAAAGUGUAAUUCAAGACUACAUAUCUCAUAUUAUGUUUAAAUAAAAAUUACUUUUGUUGUAUUCAGUAGCAAACGCUAUUCAACAGUACAUUUGUACCAAUAGUUUUUAAAUUAAAUUAAAUAUUCUUGAAAUUAAAAAGGUUAAGUAAUUCCUUGCAGAAAUUUUAAUUUCUCAUAGUGAAUACUUUAAGGUUUGGGAUUUAUUAUUUUUAUUAUACUUGCUUCUAUGAAAUUAAAUUGGCAUACAAUUAGAUAUUAUUUAUACUUAUUUAUUUUAUCCGUCCUUUUUAAGUGUAUUUCUGUGAACUGAUUUUAUUUUAAUUGUAUACAAAACCCAGUAUUUAUUAUAUUAAUGUUUUUUUUGUUAAAAUUUGAUUUAUUUUUCUCCACACCAUUUAUUUGUAUAGAACAGAGAAUUGUAAAUAUAGUUUUUAGAAAGAUAAUAAUAAAAAAAGUGCAAUGUUUGUAUAUUCGUUUAUUAUUAGUUAAAUAUUUAAAUUAUUUUACAAACGUCAAAUUAUUACUCACAUUCAAAUUUUAAAUUGGUGUGCAUACUUCCCCUCUCAAUUUUGCUACUUUAUGUAUCGGAAUAGUGUAUAUUGUAGUAAUAUAUAUAUAAACUAAGGUUUCUUUUGCUAACAAUUAUUCCUUUAAUUGUAAAAGGUUUAUAGAAAGAAAUUUGGCUAAAUAUUUUUUAAUUGCAUAUGUUCCUUAUUCACGUCAACUGGAUUUAUUUGGAUAUCAAAUUACAUUCCAGAAAGUAGGUUAUUUUUUUAGCAAUUACCUGUGAUCUUGCAAUUAUAAUUUGCUUUCUUAAUAAAGUUCUUUACUAUUAAAUUUUUCUGAUAUUAGUUUCUAGUAUUUUUCACGGGACCAUUAAAUUAAUUUGUCUGACACAUCUUUCAUAUAGAAUAAUCUGUUAAUUUAUUGUUGUGUACUUAUCAUUUAACAAUUAACCAUUUUUAGAUAUAACAAGAAAUAGUAUUUUUAUUAUUAAUUCACCAUUUGUGAUACAUUAUAUAAUUGUAAUGCAGUUUACUGCUGUAUUUGUCAUUACUUUUUUAUUCUUUUAGUAAUAUAGUUAGUUGUUUUUAUUUCUGCUUCUCAAAUUGCUUGUUUUUUCUUGUCUUAAAAAAAAAAUAUUUCAGUGUCGAAAAAAUACAAUGUUCAUUGCUCAUUUUAUUAUUUAUUCAGUCAAUUUUUUCUAGUGAUAUGGUUAAAAUAAUAUUUUUCACACUUUUUUGAUUUUGUAACAUUGCAGUUUUGAUUCAUGGCUACACACGUGGUAAAAAAAUAGACUUUUGGUUAAUAAAAUUGUAUAUUGCCAAA